GAUCUGUGUGUUUGGUUAAGAGUGACGUUACUGUGGAGAGUGUUCAUCAAUCAGAUGAUGAGGAAGAGUAUCAUGUUUACAGCUGAUCUGCAUGCUGGAAGUAUUUGGAAGAAAAACCUUGCUGACAGUUAACGAAUGUUUAAAAACAAAUAGAAUUAUUUCACUGAUUUAUUGAUUAUUUAUUGGUUCCUCUCCUGAUGUUAUUUGGGGAUGUUUUCUGCAGUCAUGGAAUUUUGUGAAUAAUGUCUGCAACACAGAAAGAGCUGUGAUCAAGCUAUUUAUUACUGUGAAGGAGAGCCAACACACAUCAAAUAUGACAGUUUACAGUCAUGCCAGCUCUGCCCUUGGGACGUCUCAGCUCCUCUUUUAUACCCCCCACACACAACUCUCUGUAUCUUUCAGUUACAACAGGUUUCUGUCCCAUGGGCUGUGGCUGGGCAGAGAGCAACUCCCACUAUCUUUUCCCAGGAAGCUCCUGGAACCGGUCAUCUAGGAAGUUUCGUCCUUCUACGCCCCAACAGUUAGCAGAUAACAAAGUGAAACAUCGUAGCUAAGCAGUGCUUCACGAGGUCAUACUGACACACACACAUCUAAACAUCUCAUCUAAGCAAACAAAGGUUAUACCAAAUCCUACAGUGAGAUUCUAAACACAUAAAUCUAAAUGUGAGGAUAAACUAGAAUUUUCCAUAACACUGCUGUAAAUGGAGCCGUGUUGUGUUUUCUUUAGAACAAAGCUGAGCACAGUAAGGAUCAGAUUUGAAAAAUGAUCACAGGACUGAGACAAACAAUGAGAACAGAUGAAGUUAGUUUGGACUUCCUGGUGCUGACUCUGACUCAGGUGAUGUUUCACAGAGCUGAGUGGGCACUAACAGUUUCUGUGUCCUUGAUGGAUCUUUCUCAUCUUUUCAACAUCUCUGCUGGACAUAAUCAGGAGUCUGAGUCGACACAUCCUCACUGCAGGUGUGAAGAAGGAAACCUCACAGACAACAUGAUGAGUGCAAAGAGUUGAAUUUGAUUUGUAAAUGUAUAAAAUGUUUUGACAAAGCUUAAAAUCCUACUGUUAGUUUUGCACAUUUUAAAGUUUAAUUUCUAAUUUAAAGUUUCAAAUGACAGCAGAAUAUUAAUCCCACAGAGCAGCAAACACAUGUUACUCAAAGCAGUGCACGGUCAGUUGUGUAGACGCUGCUUGUCGUUUCUCCUCUGAGUUUAAUUGUGAAAGUCAUUUGCUACAAAAAGAUUUUAUUUUGAAGGAUCAACAGGAAUUUAUCAGGGUUCCUCUGUCUAAUGUAAGAACACCAAACCUUUAGUGCAGCAGCAGCUGUGUGUAUUUGUUAUCAGGACUUUAACUGGAGAUGAAGAUGUUGCUGCCACUCCUGCUCCUCGUACUCAACGACCAACUGGAGGUGACAAUGGGGAAAACAUCAGACUUCAUCAUCCUACCUUGCAAAACAAAACCUGAGCUGCCCGAGGACUCUAGAGUUGAGUGGACUCAUGCUGACCUAGUGGUCCAUGUGUAUUCAAACAGAAGUGAUGACCUUAAGAACCAGGACGACCUUUACUGUGAUCGCACGAAGAUGAACAAAGACCUGCUGAGAACUGGAGACCUCAGUCUGACCCUGAAAUACCCCACAGAGAGAGACAGUGGAGGAUACAUCUGCACCAUCUACAGGGACAAAGACAUCCUGAGACAGAAAGUAGUGCUGCAGGUCAAAGAACCGUUUCCAUCCUGGGCCACAGUUCUCCUGGUUCUCUUGGGCCUCCUGGUUCUUAUUGGGAUUUCUGGAGGUCUCAUAUAUUAUUUCCGGCACUAUUUCAUGUCAGUUUACAAGGUGAAGGUGGAUUCAGGGCUGGAGUCUGUCCUGUUGCCCUGCAAAGCCAGAGUUUGGCUGCCCAAACAUGCAAAAGUGGAGUGGAAGGACAAAUAUAACAGGAAGGUCCACGUGUGUAAGAACGGCUCUGACCAGCCUGAAGAACUGCACCCAGAUUUCAAAACCAGAACCAAGAUGAAGAAAAAUCUGCUGAAGCUUGGAGACUUCAGUCUGACCCUGAAAAACCCCACAUUCGCAAACACCUACACCUGCACCAUCUGUGACCGGCAGGAAAACAUCAUCCAUCUCCUGAUGGAGAAAAAAGUGGAGCUGAAAGUCAGAGUCCCCCAGGUGGAGGCGGAUUCAGGGGAAGAGUAUGUGAAACUACCCUGCAAAACCUCUUUAGAUUUUACCCUACUUUACAACGCAACCAUUGAGUGGACAAACACGUACAACACGAAGGUCCACGUGUAUCAGAAUGGCUCUGACCAGCCUGAAGAACAGGACAAGAUCUAUAAAGAUCGAACAGAGAUGAAUAAAGACCUGCUGACAUCUAAAGACCUCAGUCUGACCCUGAAAUACCCCACAGAUGCAAACACAGGUAUCUACACCUGCACCGUCUACAACAGCGAGAGAAACAUCCUGCUGAAGAGAAAGGUGGAGCUGAAAGUCAGAGACUGUCUGGUGGAGGUGGUGGAGGGGGCGGAGUCUGUCGAGCUGCCCUUCAAAACCACAGGAAACCUGCCUGAAGAUGCCACAGUAGAGUGGGAAUACUGUGAACCUGAAUGCAGGAAGGUCCACGUGUAUGAGAACGGCUCUGACCAGCCUGACAAACAGGAUGAGAAAUACAGAGACCGAACAUCAAUGAAUGAAGACCUGCUGAAAACUGGAGACCUCAGUCUGACCCUGAAAGUGAAAGACCCCACAGAUGAAGACAGUGGGAGAUACAGAUGUGAAGUCAAGCUUGGCUAUAAACUUCUCAGAAGGAAAAUGCUGUUUCUCAAAGGGAGAGUUCAGGUCCAGGAUCAAACAGGGGACAUCAGGAACAGAAGCAGCUCCAUUGAUCCGACUCCUCUGAUGGCUGAUCAAUCAGUUUGAUCUGUGUGUUUGGUUAAGAGUGAUGUUUCACUGAUUAUUUAUUGGUUCCUCUCCUGCAGUUAUUUUAUCUGUCAGCCUCAUUGUUUCUGCAUUUUUUAAUACCAAGAAGCUUUUACUUAGUUUUAAAGUUACCACUUGCAUGUGGAAGGUCGUGAGUUCAGGUACAACAUGGGACAGUUUUCACAAUGACAUCUUUUUUUUCCUAUAUAGUGAUUACACAACAACUUUACACAGAGGUCUUUAUUUUUCCUCACACAGAAAACUGUGAACAUUUUCAUGUGUACUAAAAGCUUCCCUGCUGCAGAGGGACGGCUUUACUACACACUGUAAAUGUUCUCCAGCAGUGAUGGUGAUGAGCGUUUCCAUGACGUCAGAGUACCUGCUGUCUCAGGAACAGGACACGUGUGGCCUGUUAAAAUAGCUGUUUCAUGUAUUUAUUAUCCAUCUCACUUCCACUUUGUUAGUCGGCCUCUUUAUCACCAACUUUUUACCACACAGUCGACCAAGUUCACCAUCAGGAACAGUCCCACUGGUAUUUCUCCAGAAAAAAGUCUAGUCUAGUUAAUAUUAUGUUUAAAUUAACUAAAUAAUUAUUUAAUGUUGUACAUAUGUAUUUAAUUUAGGUAUUUUUGGUCUACAGUAUAACUGGAGAAAACUUUUUGGGAACUUUGGGGGAGUGAAAAUAAAUAUAGGGAAUGAAUUCACUGCACAGGCAUAUUACAUAUAUCCUAACCCAGUAGGCCUUUCUGUAAUAUGCCUGGCAGUAUCCAGCCUUCCUCCUCUCUGUCUGUCCGUCAGGAGGGGGAAGAGGAUGAUGAUGAUGACGAAGAGCUAGUUGAAUUUCCCCUUUGAUUCGUGACCUCAGUUUGCUUUUUAAAUACAGGCCUAAUCUUACAAACUCCUAAUCACAUAAAUACAGUCUACAUAAUGUCUCCAAUCUCAAAGUAAACCCGUUAUAGGCCACGUCUUACUUUACAGUUAACACUCUGUUCUUUAUUAUUUAUUACAUCUAAAAAUGUUCUAGUCCUGUUCAGCUGUAGACGUCAGUAAGUAAAGUAAGUAAAAUUUUAUUUAUAUAGCACCUUUCAAGAUAAAAAUCACAAAGUGCUUUACAGAGGCAGAAAACAGACAUUAAAAUCCAAAACAAAACAAAAUUAACCAAAAGCAAGUUUAAACAGAUACGUUUUUAACUGCUUUUUUAAAAGACAUGACUGAGUCCACAGAUCUCAAACUCAAAGGGAACGAGUUCCAGAGUCUGGGAGCCACUGAUACAAACGCUCUGUCACAUUUUGUUUUUAACCUUGUAUGAGGGACAACCAGCAACCCCUGGUCACAAGACCUCGGGGACCUGCUGGGGUGAUAAGAAAGAAGAAGAUCACUUAAGUAAGUUGGAGCUACACUGUGCAGGGCCCUAAAAGUCAUGAUUAUGAUCUUAAAUUGGACCCUGAACUUGACAGGGAGCCAAUGCAGCUGAAUCAGCAGGGGAGUGGCAUGGGAGUGUUUGUGAUGCUUUGUCAGAAGCUUAGCAGCAGCAUUCUGAACGCCCUGCAGUCGUUCCAGGGAGGCAUUACUUAAGCAAGUAAACAAGGAAUUACAAUAGUCUAAGCGGGAUGAAACAAAAGCAUGAAUGAUCAUUUCCAAUUCGGAACGUGACACAAUGGGACUCAGCUUAGCGAUAUUUCUUAAAUGGUAAAAACAAGAAUGAACCAAAGAUUUAACGUGUGUCCAGCGUCAGAGCUGUAUCAAAUGUAACACCAAGGUUCCUAAUGGAUGAUUUAAUAUAAGAAGCAAGGGUGCCUAGAUUUUUAACCACGAGGGGAACAAAUUUCUCAGGAGCAAAGACAAUGACUUCCGUUUUAUCAGCAUUUAGUUGAAGGUAAUUACCAGCCAGCCAAUCUCUAACGGAAUCUAAGCAGGACUGCAAGAUUUGGAGCUUAGAAACAUCAGGUGGCCUAAAAGAGAUAUACAGCUGAAUGUCAUCUGCAUAACAAUGAUAUGAAAUAUCAGAGAAAGAGCUAAGAAGUUGCAGAAGAGGGAGUAAAUACAACAAAAACAAUAAUGGUCCCAAGACAGAGCCCUGAGACACCCCAUAGGCAAGAGAGCUGACGAAGGAUCUGAACUUAGAGGUAGCCACAGAGAAAGAUCGAUUAGACAAAUAGGAUUUAAACCAUUCCAAUGCGGUACCCGAUACACCCACCCAGUGGUUUAAUCUAUCUAACAAAAUAAGAUGAUCAACGGUGUCAAAAGCAGAGGUCAGAUCCAGAUUGAAAUUUAUCAAGAACGUUGUGUUCAUCUAGAUAAUCCGUGAGUUGCUUGGCCACAACCUUUUCUAAAAUCUUGGCAAUAAAAGGCAGUUUUGAGAUGGGUCUGUAACUGCUGUUCACAAACGCUGUCCAUCUAAUCUGACUGAGCUGGAGCUGUUUUGCAAAGAAGAAUGGGCAAGGAUUUCAGUCUGUAGAUGUGCAAAGCUGGUAGAGACAUACCCUAAAAGA